GAGUUACAGGAGUUUCAGUAGUAGUCGGGGGAAUAGUCACGUAUUUAUUUUAAUACUAUACAGUUGUAAUUUUAUAUUUAUUAAAAGGUAAAAAUGAAGUAUGAUAUAAAUUGUAUCUACAAAUAGAGUAAGACAUGUUAACUUUACAUUUAGAUGACUAGGCUAGUUACAUUGGAUAGCUAACUAAACUUGCCUCCAAUAAUUCUAGCUAGCUAGCUAGCUAAAUGGCUUCAUUGGAGCCACACUGGAAUAACAGCAGUCUGGCUUGCAGCUAUCUAGCUAGCCAAAGUUAACGUUAGCUAGCUUUAGUAGUUGUUCGGAAAGGGAUAUAGCAUAGCUAGAUACCAAACAAGCCGUUUUGUUUCCUGAUUUCUAAAACAGAUAUACUGAUACAUAGCGAGAAAAAUAGUUAAAGGAGAUAUUUUACACGCUUAACCAGCUAGCUGGCUAAUAUUUUGUAGCUAAUUUUACUGAAAAGAAUUGGUUUAGGUUGCUAACGUUAGCUAGCUUACUCGAUAACGUGCAGCCAGCUAGUUGGCUUCACGUUGUUAUCGUUAGCCAACUAGCGAUUUUUAACUAACACUGGCUAACUAGCUAAUUUUAAAAGAGUAAAGUGUCAAUAACGUUAGCUAUUAGCUUUUUACCUGGGUUUUCGUUUCCUUUGUUUUGAAAAAGGACUUUAUCUGGUGCUGUAAGUUAUCACAUAAAGGCUUUACAAAUAUUCGUGGUUUGUUGGAUGGCUCCUCAGAAGCCUAGCACGGGGGUUGGUAGUUCAGGUACAGGCCACGCUAUGGGUACCGGUACCGGGUGUAGAACCAACGGCGUUGUCUACCAGUCUUCGGCUGUUAUGAUGGCCUCGGUGAAGAAGCCGAAGAUGGAACAGAUUCAAGCCGACCAUGAACUGUUCUUGCAGGCCUUCGAAAAACCAACUCAAAUCUAUAGAUUCCUUCGCACAAGGAACCUGAUUGCGCCUAUAUUUUUGCACAGAACCCUCACAUACAUGUCCCAUAGAAACUCAAGAAUGCACACCAAAAGGAAGUCUUUUAAAGUGGAUGAUAUGCUGCUGAAGGUGGAGAAGAUGAAGGGAGAUCAGGAGGCACACAGCUUGUCAUCCCACCUGCAACUUACCUUUACUGGGUUCUUCCAUAAGAUAGAGAAGCCAUCACAAAACUCAGAGAACGAGCAAAACUCUGUGUCUUUAGAGGUGCUACUUGUUAAAGUCUGCCAUAAAAAGCGCAAGGAUGUCAGCUGCCCGGUUAAACAAGUGCCUACAGGUAAAAAGCAGGUGCCUUUGAACCCUGACUGCAGCCAGACCAAGCCCGGCAGCUUCCCCUCGCUGCUGGUCUCCAGCAGUGAAUUUGAGCCCAGCAACAGUCACAUGGUCAAGUCCUACUCCCUGCUGUUCCGAGUGUCCCAGCCGGGCAGGGGCCUUCCGAACGGGCUCUCCAACGGAGAGACCAACGAGAACAUCGAUGUCGCCGAAGAGCUUCCCAGCAGAAAGAAGAGGAACUCCUCCCACAGAGAAGAUGACGAGACCAGCUUUGUCGCUCAGAUGACCGUCUUUGACAAGAACAGGCGCCUACAGCUGUUGGAUGGGGAGUAUGAAGUGUCCAUGCAGGAGAUGGUGGAGUGUCCAGUGGGAAAGAAAAGGGCCACUUGGGAGACCAUUCUGGAUGGGAAGAGGCUGCCUCCGUUCGAGACCUUCUCUCAGGGACCCACGCUGCAGUUCACCCUGCGCUGGACGGGCGACGCCGGCGACCGCUCCACCGCCCCGGUGGCCAAGCCGCUGGCCACGCGCAACUCGGACGCCAGCGCGGUGGAGAGCAGGCCCUGCACGCUGCGGCCCGCGCCCGUGGCUGUGAAGGAGUCCAUCGCCUCAGACCUUCAGACCAGGAGGGAGCAGAUUCUCAUCGAGCCCCGGCAGAAGCUGCGCAUAUUUUAUCAGUUCCUGUACAACAACAACACCAGGCAGCAGACGGAGGCCCGGGACGACCUGCACUGCCCGUGGUGCACGCUGAACUGCCGCCAGCUCUACAGCCUCCUGAAGCACCUCAAGCUCUCCCACAGCCGCUUCAUCUUCAACUACGUGCCUCACGCGAAAGGAGCCCGGAUAGACGUUUCCAUCAACGAGUGCUACGACGGCUCGUACGUGGGGAACCCUCAGGACAUCCACAGCCAGCCCGGCUUCGCCUUCAGCCGCAACGGCCCUGUCAAGAGGACCGCCGUCACGCAUGUGCUGGUGUGCAGGCCCAAGCGCACGAAGCCCAGCCUGUCGGAGUUCCUGGAGUCGGAGGACGGGGAGCUGGAGGUGCAGCGCUCCUACAUCAGCGGACACAACCGCCUGUACUUCCACAGCGACAGCUGCAUGCCCCUGCGCCCGCAGGAGAUGGAGGAGGACAGCGAGGACGAGAGAGACCCCGCCUGGCUGAGAGAGAAGACCCUCACGCAAAUCGAGGAGUUCACCGACGUCAAUGAGGGGGAGAAGGAGGUGAUGAAGCUGUGGAACCUACACGUGAUGAAGCAUGGGCGGUCCUUUUCUCCCAGGUUCAUUGCGGACAAUCAGAUGAACCAGGCCUGCAUGCUGUUUGUGGAGAAGUGCGGUCCCUACAUUGUGGAGAAGAGCCUGUGCAGGAACUUCCUGCUGCACCUGGUCAGCAUGCACGACUUCAACCUGGUCACCACCGCCACCAUAGACAAGGCCAUGUCCCGUCUGCGGAGGAUGCAGGACCCGCCCGAAAACGGCAGCGACGCCCCCGGCCCCGACGGGAGCUCCCUGGGGGACGACGACGACGUCGCCGCCAUGGAAGUUUCCGGAGAUCCCAAACACACCGACCCCCUGAAGCUCUGAAGUCCCCCCCCCCCCCCCGCCCCCCGCCCCCCCCUCCUCGGAAAGGACGCGGAAGGUCCCAGAACUAGAACAGAAUAUGGCAGUUGACGGGGCCAGUAGUGGACUCGAGGCAGACCGAAUGCAUUCCAAACAGGCGCUGGGUUUAACGCGCGUGCCAAGUCCGUUUUUGGUGCCACAGAGCUGUCGAUCACUUGACGAGCCAUCGUUUGAAUAACACCCCUCGUCCUCGUUUCCGUUUGUCAUUGCAUUCAGCCCAAAUCAGUCUCAGCUGAAAUACUCGUCCUCUUACCCAGUAGUUAAGCGACAUCAUUAUAAUACUGCAUGUACGGCUGCAUUAUGAUAAAUGGUCAGCACUACGCCCUGUCUCUCCUCAUGUUAACAAUGGCCAUAUGAUUUAUUUGUAAUGUAUUUUAGCACUUGUCUUGUUCUAGGGGCCUGAUGUGAGGUGAGGUUUAAUGUGUUUGAAUAGACUCUUUAAUGCAUCGGUUUCCUGAUGCAUUCUGAAGUUUUAUUUUUUUUGUUUUUUGUUUUUUUUAAACUGAGCUUUUCUUUUUGUUUGUCUGUUAGCUUUUACAUCUUUUCAUUUUUCUGUGAAAGGUUUUAACCUCUUUAACAGUUGCAGUGCUGAGGUUGAGUAGUGCUAGGUAAGGUAACGCGGCCCUUCCCGGUGCCUGGGUUCGGCUGCUUUACUUGCGGGUGAGGCAGUGCACUACCACCGCUGGGCAAGGAAGAGCUCUUGUCAGCCACGACACAGGGUAUUAUACUGCAAACUAACACAAGGCCCGAUGCGGAAAACACUGAUUACUCAUGACAAUGUUUACAGAUUUUCCAGUGGAAAUGCAGACUUUUUGUUUUUGUUUUUGUUUGUUUGUUUUGUUUACUAUUACUUGGGGGUUUGAGGUCUGUUGGCAGGACUCCAGUCACAUCAUGAUAUCUGUAAUCUCUCUCCUCUCACGCUUUCAUUGUUGAGAAAAACACUGAAAAUGAGUGAUCCCUUUGCUCCUUUCCUCACUGGUGAGGCAUUUUCACGCAACUAUGGUCAGGAAAACGAGUCAUUAAACCAAAUAUGGGCAGUUACCAUGUAAUAUCAAUGGGUCAUAUUUUAGCCAAUAAUUUUCUUCUGCUGUGGAGAACAGUUUCGAUUGGAUCAUCAAAUGUCAAUGAAUGGCCGGUUAAUUUCCAUCCAUCAUGGGAUUUCAUGAAACCUCGCUACCAUGGUUACAUUGAGCAGUUUAAUCCUAUGAAAGGUUGUGUGUGUAGAGUAGUAAUGAGCAGUGAUGUGCCCUGCUCUUGGGAAUCUUACAUAAUCAAGGUAAACGUUUGUAUUUUCAGGGCAAAUUCAAGUCUGCCAGGUUGAGAAUUGUAUAUGCUGGGUCCACACUCGGUUCAUUUUAGGGUUACAAGCCAAAGGGGGGGUUUUUGGUGCUAUUUUCCGUGAGAUACAUGCUAUAUACUUGCUCUUUUCCUCAACAGUUGCUUUAAUUUGCUAAAGCUGUGCACAUGUAGAACGAUAGUGGUAUUGGGAAGACUGAUAUUUCUGACUCCGACAUAGGGAAUUACUGUGGUGUGCAAAAAUUUGGCCACGCCUGGUCGAAAAACCUUUUACAAUUAAUUUCUAUGUGAACAAAAGCAAAACUGGUACAAAGUUAAACAUGAUACAUUUCUUCAAAUUUUAAAGCAAGAUUUUUUAUUUUUUACAGUUUUUACAAUGAUUAUUAUUUUCUUUCAUUUUUUUUUUUUUUUUUUAAAGGAAAAAGGCCCAGUGCAAAAGUUUGGGAGCCCUGUCAUUUAGUACUUCUCCUCGGGCAACUAUAAUAUGGAAACGCUUCCUGUAGCCAGAAACGCAUCUAGCUCUACAUGUACGGCAUAUUUGAGAUCUCUCCGCAGAUUUUCAACAAUAUUAAAGUCUGGGCACUGUGGUGGCCAUUCCAAAGCCUUGAUGCGUCUUUUGAUUUCAAGGUCUGCUUUGGAUCAUUCUCUUGCUGGAAUGAUGUGCGAGUUCUUCUGAGCAUUUCUCACCAGAUCUCGGGCCAUUUUAUCUGAAAUCUUUCUUGGUCUUCCAGACCUUCCAGUCUUGACUUAAACCGUUUCAUUUACCUUCCACUGUUUUAUGUUUCCAGACAGAACAGCCACAGCAGUUGGAUACAUUACAAGGCCUGGAGUUAAUUCAGCCCUGGAAUUAUAUUCACCUGACUCAUUGAAGCCCUAACGAGUAAAUCACCUGGGUCUGGGCCUUAGUAAUCAUCUUUUUAAAAAGGUGCGAAUAAUCUAAAAGGGUUCCCCAAACUUUUGCACAGAGCCCUUUUCCUUUUUAUCAUUUAUAAACUAAAAAAUGAAAAUAAAAAGCUUGCUUUUAAAUGAAGGUCUCUAACUCUGUACCGUUUAGAGUUCAGGUUUGCUUUCAAUCAAGUACAGAUUCAUUGUAACCGACAUUUAAGCCAGGCUGCCCAAUUUUUUGCACCUCACUGUAUGCUUUACAGCUUCAGAAGGCAUUAUUUGCACACAUUUUUUGUUGCUGGCCCAGAAGAGAAAAAAAAAAUCACCAAGAAACAACAUUGUUAAAUUUGUUCAAGUUGUGAAUUUUGUAAUAAAGGGAUUACAGAAAAUCCUGUUUUCUAUUUAAAAUAAAAAUAUUUUGUACCA